AUGGGGAAACGUAGAAAAAAAAAGUUGCCGGGAGAAGAAGAAGUGUUUGAAGAAACGACUGAGGAGGAAGAAAUUGAUACCAGUACUGAGGAAGAUCCUGAGAAAGAGCAGCGCAAGUAUAAGCCGUACUUUGUAUCUGACUACAACAGGAGGUACCCUGAGGACUCUAUUCUCGUUGAUUUUGUUGUAUUUGUCGAAUCAAAUGAUGAAAAAAGGCCAAUCGGCACGCGAGACAUGAUGUCUCUGUCCACACAUAUGAAGAGGUUCAAUAAAGGCAUUAAAUAUUUGCAAUCUAUGAAUAAAUACAAAAUAGGCGUUCAUUUUGAAAAGCCCUCUCUAGCGAAUGCAUUUUUAAAUAAUAUUACUUUUCUUAAUGAAUACAAAAUGAAAGCAUCUAUCCCAGCUGUAGGAACAGAAAUAACAGGAGUCAUAACCAAUGUUCCCACUAAUCUUUCUAAUUCAAGAAUUUUUGGUAUGUUAACGACUUAUAGAAAGAUAAUAUGUGUUAAAAGGAUAAUGAGGAAACAUAAGAAUGAUGCAGGACGCAGUUUGCUGCAGCCGACGGGCACCGUGGCCAUCACAUUUGCUUCUAAUGUUUUGCCGGACCACGUCGAUCUUCAUGGUUGGCGGUUCGUGGUAAAUCAGUAUAUUCCACCAGUGAAGCAGUGCUACAAUUGUUUGAGGUAUGGUCACUUAGCAAAGUAUUGUAAAAAUUCUGUGAAAUGCUCAAUUUGUACUGAAAAUCACAGCUACAAAGAUUGCAAAGUAUCUUCAGAUAAAGCGAUAUGCAUACAUUGCAAAGGAAACCAUCUAAGCAUUUCUGGACAGUGUCCUGUUAAGAAACAAAAGAUAAAAGAAAAUCAGGCUAAAUUACACAAAACCCCAUUUGUAGACCUUUUUAAUAAAAACGAAUUCCCCGAAUUAAACAAAAAAAAUCACAAAGAUGCUCUUAUGUCACUGCUAAAGAAUGAUGACAUUAUUAAUAUAAUUUUAAAUACAGUCAUUAAAGUAUUAACUCUUAAUAAAUCAAAUGAACAAACCACCAUAUCUUCUCAGCUUAUUAAAGAUGUUCUCAUAGAUACAAUGAAACCAAAAUAG